GACAAAUAUGAAAUGACACAAUUUGACAUACGUCAACAUGGCGAGCACAGCCUCAGAUUCAGAAAUUACUCAAAGUGAUAAAUAUUCCAUUUUAUUGCCGACUUACAACGAAAGAGAGAACUUACCGAUCAUAAUAUGGCUAAUAAUCAAAUACCUCGACAACAGCGGCUACGAUUAUGAAGUGAUUAUCAUCGACGAUGGCAGCCCAGAUGGUACGCUGGAAGUAGCGAAACAGCUGCAGAAAUUGUAUGGAUCAAAUAAAAUAUUAUUACGUCCGAGAGAGAAGAAAUUGGGACUUGGAACUGCCUACAUUCACGGCAUGCAACAUGCAACAGGCAAUUUUAUUAUCAUUAUGGAUUCGGAUUUAAGUCACCACCCUCAAUUCAUUCCAAAGUUCAUAGAGCUACAAAAGAAGCAUGAUUAUGAUCUAGUAUCAGGUACUCGCUACAAGAAUGGAGGUGGUGUGUACGGAUGGGAUUUUAAAAGGAAACUAAUUUCAAGGGGUGCAAAUUUUAUAACACAACUUUUGUUAAGGCCUAACGCUUCUGACUUGACUGGUUCUUUUAGGCUUUACAAAAAGGAUAUCCUACAGAAAUUGAUAGACAGCUGUGUGUCCAAGGGCUAUGUUUUCCAAAUGGAGAUGAUAAUUCGAGCAAGGCAAUUAGAGUACACCAUUGGAGAGGUGCCGAUAACAUUCGUCGAUCGUGUGUAUGGGGAGUCCAAACUAGGCGGAUCAGAAAUUUGGCAGUUUGCUAAAGCAUUAUUGUAUUUAUUUGCUACAACAUAAAGUACUGUUUUGUUUGAAGCUUAAGACAAAUUCUAUUUUACACAAUCUCUUAAAUUAAUUUAACAGAACUAAAAAUAUUUCUAUCUCUUUCUGAUGUGUAGAGUUAAAAUGAGUUUAGAGAUUGCGUUAAAUAAGCACUGGUAUUUGUUUUACUGUAAUCACAUUAUAUGAUAAUUAAAAACUUUACUAUUUGUAGAUGUUGCCCUGUAAGAGCCAAUUUAAUAAAAUUAUCAAAUAAUAUUUAUUAUAAUUCGCUGGACACCACUAUUGGUUCAGAGUAAACUUUAAUAGCUGAGUACAAAUUUCUUUCCUUUCUUUUUCCUUAUUAAUAGGUAUUUAAAAAUGUAUCGUGGUUUAAGCAAAAUUAUGUUUUUUUUUAUACUAAGUCUAAUAAAUGUUGUAACCCAUU